CUCUGCUAUCUCGAUGCCCUCCCUUCUGACACGAUAGCCUUAUUCAACGGUCGUCUUUGUCGCUUCUCCCCCUCUGGUGGCGCAAGGGCGCACAGGCAAGGAUGGCAGGCCGAGUCGCAAGGGGCCUUCACUGGCUGAGGGUGUUCGCGUGGGGCGAGCCGCCGGCGGACAAGGCCGAGCGGCGGCUGCUCUUCAAGAUUGACUGGUUCGUCUUGUCGUUCACCUGCCUCGUCUAUUGGAGCAACUACCUCAACCGAACAAACUUCAGCAAUGCCUACGUCUCGGGCAUGAAGGACGAUGUCGGCUUCAAAGGCAACCAGUACAGCGUGGUCAACACCGUCUUCACCGUCGGCUACAUCGUCGGGCAGGUGCCCAACAACUUGAUGCUGCAGGUGUGCCCCGCAUACAUCUGGCUGCCCCUCAUGUCCCUCGUCUGGGCUGCCCUCUCGAUGGUGACGGCCGCUGCGACGAAGCCGGGCCACGUCAUGGCCAUCCGCUUCUUCCAGGCCAUUGCUGAGUCUUCCACGUUCUCGGGCACCCACUACCUGCUCGGCUCGUGGUACAAGGAUGAGGAGCUGGGCAAGCGCUCGGGCAUCUUUGCCUCAUCGGCGCAGCUCGGCAGCCUCUUUUCGGGCGUGCUCCAGGGCGCCAUCUUCAAGAACCUGCAGGGCUACCGGGGGCUCGCCUCGUGGCAGUGGCUCUUUCUCCUCGACGGCUUCAUCGCCGUGCCCAUUGCUGUGUACGGCUUCCUCUGUUUUCCCGGCACGCCCACCAAGGGCCGCCGCAACGGCGCGUGGUUCCUGACCGAGGCUGAGCGCAAGCUCGCCGUCGCGCGAUUGCCGCCCCGGCCGCAUACACAGCUCGGCUGGGACCUCGUCAGGCGUGUUCUGGGGCGAUGGCACUGGUAUGCCUUUUCGGCCCUCUUUGCCAUCUCAAGCAUGCUCGAGAGCGUCGGCAGUAACGGCCUCAUGCAACUCUGGCUCGCGGCUGAGAAUUACCCGCCGCAGGACAGAAACUACUACCCGCUGGGCGCAACGGCGGUCGCCAUUGUCGCCACCAUCCUCGCUGCCAAUGCGAGUGACAUGACGGGCAAGCGCUGGCCUGUCAAUCUCGUUAUGGCUGGCACGCUCAUCUUUACGUCCAUCGUGCUUCUCAUCUGGAAUGUGCCAUACGGCCUCAAGUUCUUUGCAUGGACCAUCUCUGGCGUCGGAUACGCCGGCCAAGCCGCCAAUUUUGCCUGGUGCAACACCGUGACGCGCAACGACGACCAGGAGCGCGCCGUCGUCAUUGCCUCGAUGAACCUCUGGUCCAACGUCGUGCAGGCCUGGUGGUCCAUCACCUUCUUUGCGGCCGACUUGGCGCCCAGAUUCCACCGCGGGUGGAUCGCGACCAUCGUCGCCGCCGUCGUCACGGUGCUCGUGGCGCUCGUCACACGACACCUCGACUACCGAGAAAGGCGGCAAAGCCCAUUGGCAUUCGCACCAGCAUCCACGACGGGGCCGCCGAGGCCAGAAGACACAGAAGAGCGGGCGUCAUUAGAAGAGAAGCGGCCCGCUCCGCCAUCACCAAACGAGGCGUGACCCUUCCCCCACCUCAUGGAGCUGCUGCCUCUCUCUGCGUGCUCUUGCUGCUGCUGCGCGGCCGUUCCCCGGGCCGGGGGCUCCGGGUUCAGCGCUGACAUCAUUCACGUGAGCACUGACUUUCGGCCUUACGGUAUUUGUGAAAUGGCAAUUCUUGUAUCUUAACCGGCCUCGCGCCGAGGGCUCGCUGCUUGCUGCCCGCUCGGCCAUAGCGCGAAUACAAAAAUUGGCUGUCAUCAAAAGG